AUCGAUUUUUAUCCGCUUAGGUUAUAAAUCGCUUUAAAUCGUUUUCCUUUCUCUUUGUACAUACGAAGGCAUGGCAUUUGACAGGACGGAGAGAUUCGUGGAAAUAGCUACGUCAACUUCUGCUCAAGUGGGACCGGGGACUUACGAUAUAUCGGAUCCAUCAAAGCCAGCUCGACAUCUGGACAACGCUUAUCCAUUUUUGAGAGGAGCUAGCAAGCAGACACUCGGCAUACCAAAAGAUGUGCAUAAGUUCCCGGGUCCUGGUUCUUACAAUAUAGAAGCGCCACGGAAACGUAUACCAGAACGUGCAUUUUCCCUAUUCAUGCUUCAUUUAUUUACAAUUCUUCCGCAUCGGUAUACGCACAGAUAUUCGAUAUCCUCUAAGAUUCAAUAAUUUACAGGGCGGCGUUAGUCUUGAUUAUACCGAUGUUAGAUUUAAAGAAAAGAUGUGUGAAAGACCAAGUCCAACACAAUAUAUCUUGCCGAAUGAUUUGUUUAAGGAAACACCUCGAAAAAUAAAAUCCCAUCCGGGUA